AUGACUACUUGCGGUCGUAGCACUGGCUGGCGUUCCUAUAUCUAUGUGGACGUAGAUAUUAGCAAAACAAGCGACAAUGGAAAUUAUACGGAUAAUUGCCAUAAUAGCAUAAGUUUUAGUAAGGUUAAUGAUAAACCUGAAAAGGGUUAUAAAAGAUACACUCAUACCCCUGUAGUCAGAUCACAUUAUAUUGGUGGAAUAAAUUACAAUGGAGAAAAGCAAGGUAGUAUACCUGUAACUGUUGGGGGUUACUAUAACAAAAAUUUAACCGUCUACUACCUAGGGUAUGAUGAAGGAAAUCUUGUGCCACUAGUAGUAGGUAUUACCAAAAGCGGUACUAGUUACGAAUACUACACAAAGGUAGAUUAUUUUGUGACUUCUGGUCGAUGGACAAAAGAGAAAACUAUCACUCAAGAACGUCAACUCUCUACAAAACUCCAAGAAAUUAGCAGGGGCCUAACUACUGUUAUCAUUCUUAAGAUUGAUCAGGUUACAAAUGGGAACUACCGUGCCAAUGGAACUGAGAAGCCUCCAGAGGCCAAUAAGGAUACUCAGAUAACAGUGGAAGGAUAUGCGUAUGAAAAAGUAUACAAAAGGUUCACUCAUGCUCCUACCGGAAGAAUAUCUGCAAUGAGACUCCUUUCAACCAAGAAUGCUGGAAAUACUAUACCAUUUAAUCCUCCUGUAUAUGAAAGUGAGUAUAUGGAAGCUUGUAUCUAUUACUGGAACGGAGAUUUUUGGUAUAGUAAUCCUCUGUUACUGGAACUCAAGUCAAAGUCAGGUACUCUUUCAUACUAUACACUUUCCGAUGGAGUAGAUAAGAAAUGGAAGUCCGAAUCAGGCAUACAGACCGAUAAGAUUAAGGAUAAACUGGACCAGCUAAACUGUGAAAAAAAUAAUGCCCAUGUUAUAGAAAUUUCCAAGAAGAAUAAGACCAGUAGUUACCAAUGUCUAACAGAAGGAUGUAAUGUUAGUAUCAUUUUUGCCAACAUUGGCAACUACGAAUAUUACUCUCAAACUAUACAUUCCAUAGACAGCUCUAUUCGCAGAUUCCAGGAUAAGGGAAUAGAACAAACUGGAAUUAACUCUCCAGAAGGUGCCACCCAAGUCUAUGUAUAUCACUGUCCAAAAGGACCUGAAGGAGUUCCACUUUUGAUUUAUCUCCCAGGAUCAUCCAAUAGUUGGUUCCAAAGGAGAUCUCUUGGCUCGACUGAAUGGACUGAUGUUGGUAAUAAACCCAGUAAUUACAAGGAUGAUACAAAUAUCCUAAGGCUUAUAAAGGAUAAACUACCUAUUGUUAUCAUAAAUGUUGGAGAUACAAAGGUUCAUGGAGAUGGGGAAUCUACUUAUUAUGAAGAUCCUUCUGGAGGUAAAGAUAAGGAAAAAAUUAAUCUUAAAAGGGAGAAUAAAGAUGACUGUUUUGUUGGUUUUGUUCACUCCGUUCUGAAUAAAGAUGUUUUUGUAGCUGGGUAUGUCAAGUACGGUAGUUCCCCUCUGCAGGGUAUAGAUCUAAGUUUUAUUCUUAAAAGUGUAACUGCAUACUAUUAUGAUAAGGGUGGGCCUGAUUUCAAACUUGAUGAUCUUCUAAUGAUUGGUUUUGAGAAAAGAGGUACUGGUAGUAAGAACUAUGUAUAUUAUAGUAGGAAUGGCGGGGGAUCUAGGUGGAUUUCUAUCCCUGGGAAGACUGAGAAACUAGAUGGUAGAGAUCUUACUGAUCAGCUCAACCAGUUAAAGACUGAACUUACCGAAGCAAAAGAAAGGCUUGAUGCUGAGAAAAAGAAAUCACGUGAAAGUAAUGGAUCUGUACUUACUCCAGGAGCUAAGGCAGGAAUUGGCAUUGCAAGUGUAGGUGCAGGAGGAGGCGCCAUCGGUGUUGCCGUAUGGAAGGGUCCCGCUCUAAUUGCACGACUAAUCACUCGUCUGUAA